AUGGGGUUCUCGAGGUGGGAUUUGCGGCGGAGAGAGUGGCGGAGAGUGAUAAAGAAGGUGCGGCGGCCGCCAUUUUUGGUGGAGGUUGAUGAGAGAGAAACUAGAGAGAAGGGAUUUGAAGGGGGAAGUGAUGGUUUGGCAUUUGGGCUGCCACUUUACAAAGGCAAAAGCAGUUACCUGUUUCCUUUCUUGUUCAAACAUGCUAUUAGCUAUUUAGGCCUUGAGGAUUUGAAUUACGCUCUGUACGUGGAGAAAAUUGAAGAAAAAAAUCGCGAUCUUGAAGUCGAUUAUGUGACGCUUUUCGAACAGAACAUCUAA